AUGGAGCCAAGUAUGCCAAUGAUACUGCCCAAGGGCAUCGUCAUAAACACGAAAAAUAUUUAUCAAGAAGUGGCCAGUUACCCUAUUAUCCCUGCUGAUAAAAUAUGGGAAUAUUGGCAUGUCUAUACAACAACAAACAAAAAACUCAAAGACCCAACAGCCCGCCGCUUGGAAAACUUUUGGUGGCAAGUGUGGGGGAGUGAUCGAAGGUACCUGAGCGGCCGUGCACUGGCCAAGAUAUAUGAAGAUAUUUCUCUUGGACCUACUGUCGUACCUCUCCAUGGUCCACCAAACCGGUGGGAAGGACCUGGUGUUCCCCCCUUAACUAAGCAACUCAUAGUCGCUCACCUUAGCCGUGGGCUUGACGAGCCGCAGCGCCCAGAGCCACCUCGAAUGAGAUCUACGGACACAUCAAUACGGAGUUUAUCCUCAAGCGCAUCAAAACCUCCGCCUUCGCACCCGAUUCUGAAGAAGACGAAGAGCCCACUCACUACUGGUCCUAAGCCGACGGCUCGAUUUGUGUCCCCACCCGACUCAGAUGAUGAAGGAAGCAGAGAGAGCGACAUUCCCUCGUCUGGAAGCACCGCAACCACCGGGCUAGAAAUGCCGCCGCCCACCAAAGUGUCGCUCGCAAUCAGGAAUCCCUCAUUAGAAUCUACAGCGGCAACGAAACGACCAGCAUUGAAUCGAAGACAUAGCCCUCAGCCACCAACCCUCACGGCACAAUUCACAUCGAGAGACGCAGCACCGACUGCGACAACACGGGGCCUGACGCAACUAAGGACCGUUUCGCCUAUUCCCGAACGGACACAAAAUACCACUGGAAAUGAGUCAGAAGAAACAGAGGAUAGUACGUCAACUCGGUCGUCUGGUCAUCCAAUUGUGCUCAGCGCCAAGGCGGCUGGCAAACAGCCCAUGGUGCCACGGGCUGCUACUAAAGACCUUUCGGGUGUUUCUCAGGGACAGCCUCGACCGUCAAUUUCAACGUAUGUGGCGAAUAGUAAUUCUAAAGCACGAACAUCAUCCGACUUGCGGUCCCCGGCAUCAACAAGAUCAAUCUCCUUAACACGAACUGAUACGGACAAUUCGUCAACGACUGGGUCUAUUACCGACUCUGUUUCAAUGACGGGUCGUUCUUUAUCGCAAAACGGAUAUGCACGAAAGGGAUCGGCAACGCAGAGUCUGUUCACCGGGCCACUGGCCACUACCACCAAUGUAGCUGCCAAGGGACAAAUUAUUGACCAAGCUGGUUCACUGCCAGCUUCUGGUGUUCUUGAUCCGUACGUGGAAGACGCUAGCCUUCCAUCCCGGCCAUCGGCUUCUUCCUUACUCGAAUCACGCAUGGCACCGACGCAGCCAAGUCACGCGGCUAGUGUGCCCAUGGGUCGAACAAGAAGCCAGCUCACACUUCUACUCGAACGUGAAAAGUCCAGGAUUAGCGAUAAGCCUCGAUCAAAGCACUGA